AUGACUACUGCACCGCUGGUGCCUCACCCUGUCACUGACAGUGGUAUCAAUGGUGGUCCCGGACAUAUGCCCAACGGACUACCACGCUAUCAUCCCAUCGCCAUGAACCCAAACCCACCACACCCAGGAAUGCCUCCACCGGACCAAAUGGUCCAGAAUCAUCAUUUUCGUCACUUUGCACCGCCGCUGAUGCAUGAUCCUCAUGCUGGUCCUCCACCAGUGCCACCAACCCCGGCACCGACUUCGUUGGAACAGAUCGAACAACGUUUGCGCCAAUUGGAACAUGAGGAAAUGAACCGGAUGGCCACAAGGAGUCAUAUUUUGGCAGUGCGCAAGCGUGAAGAUGAGGAGUUUCGCAGAUUGACUGAGGGCGCGGAGAUAGAGGAAGAGGAUCUUCGACGACAGCGCAAGCGGAUGAAGAGAGAGUCAAUGGGCCUGGGAUCUAAUCAUGCAGCGGACUCGCCGCCGUUGCGCCCCACACCACCACGUCGAUUGUCUGAGACCAGCGCAGCUACUACCUUGGCGUUUUUCAAGCAACAGAGUCCGCCAGAGCCUCGUCAAGCUCCUCUCCCUGUAUCACAGCCGCAGCAGGCACCUCCUAUGCCCCCACCAGCUCAUCUUCACCAACCCCAUCAAACUCACCCCCAUCCAUCUCAUCCAUCCCAUCCACCUCAUACCCCCCACCCAUCUCACCCGCCUCACCAACCUCACCAACAUCAUGCGCCUCCACCUCCCCAACCGCAGCAUCACAUUGUUCACCAUGAGUCCAUGAACGGCCCUGGAUCCAUCCGGCGCAAGCAGAAAUACACCAUCAAGAACGUCGAGGCAUGGGGCGAGCGCCAUGGCCGUCCAGCAGCCCACGACCCAUCAGGCCGAGCCUUGUGGAAGCGACCCUCAGACGGCAGUUUGGUGUAUCUCACCUGUCCAAUCCAAGGAUGCGGAAAAUCAGACUUUGUCACCCUCCACGGCUUCAUGUGCCACCUUACCAAAAAACACAAAGACCGCACCCUGGGCAGCCAAUCGCGCGCCCUCGAACUCUGCGGCGUGGUCUUCGACCCCAACUCGCCUCUACCCCCAGCGACCACCCACCGGGGCUCAACAGAGAGCGGUACACCAAUGGACCACGACGGCGAACAAGACGAGGAUCUCGAGUCCGACCCAGAAGAAAGCGAGGACUCACCCGAAUCCUACCGUGUGAAGACCGAAGGCUCCGAAAACCUCCUCUCAGAGGCCCACGACACCCCUGGUCCACACGAUUUGUCUCCCGUUCCAGCCCCGAGAGCGAUCAACGGUUCAGUCAAGCAAUCCAUCUCCUCCAUAAUCGACCGGACCCCCGAACCAGAGCCUAGAGAAGCUCUUGCGUCCCUCGCUCCGUCGGAACCCGGUUCCAAAAACCCUACUCCUGUGUUGGAGCAAAUGGUGCCCGUGAAGCGAAAAUUCGAAUACUCGCCCGAGAAAGAGAACACAGAGCCGAAGGAGGGAUCUGCGACUGAGUGA